UCAUUUUUUUUUUUUUACUUUAAGAUGAUAUUCAAUAUAUAAAUACUCAUUCUCUCCCUCUCUUUCCACCUUUCUCUGUCUCUCACUCGCACACAGCUGAACACACACAUUACACAAGUGGACCAAUCACAGCAGGAACACACCUGUGAAAAGGUGUUCUCCACUCCACACACAGUCAUAUCAUCUUUGUUUGCAGAGACAGAGUUGCGGUUCAUCUUAUGCUCUUAUGUCUCAGAGCUUGUUGGAUGAAACCAGCGUUGUCUUUUGCUGCUUUUGAGAUUCUGGACCAGAUUUUUACCUUCACAGUUCAACUUUGCUUUUAGCAUCAUUUCAUUUAUGCAGGAUGAUUAUCCUUCAAAAAUUCCUGAAUGUAUUUGUCUCUUGGUCUCUGCUGAGCAGCCCUGCCUCUUUUGUGAAGCCAGUCCCUCAGUGCAGUCUAUGGGGGAAGGUGGCCGACUUCAAUUACCAGUGUAGCCACUUGACAUUAAAGCCGCACGUCUCCAUCCCUGCCCUGCAGGAGUUCACCGUUUGCCUCCAUCUGAAGUUUGAGGUAUUGAUGGAAAAGGAUGUGCAGGCCAUCUCACCGUGGACCGCCUUCAUGUACCACCAUCCUGAUGGUCAAAAUGUUGAGCUGGGUUUGGGGGGGGAGCGGGGUCGUUUAGUGGUCUGGCUGUUUGGGACAAAGUGGACGACCCCUCGGAUCAACCUUGGUAUGUCACAGUGGUACUCGCUGUGCCUGACCUGGUCACAUACGAAAGACAGACUUGCCCUAUACAUCAAUGGGAACUUGGUGGGCAUGAUGCCAGAUCACACUGUCAACUCUUCUGAGUUCUUUUCCUCCUCAUACCGCAAACUGGCCCCCAAUGGGACACUCACUCUGGGUGUGGCACACCUCGGCAGUAAUAUCCAGACUUUUCCAUUAACCGGUGUGUUUGGCAAAUUAUCUCUGUUUCGGCUGUGGGGGCGAGAGCGCAACAAGCAGGAAGUGACAUCCCUGUACUGUACAGAAGGGGACCUGGUGAAUUGGGAGAUGGACAACUGGGACACUAAAAUGUGUACUCUGCUCCCUGAUUCCAGCCUGCAGUGUGAAUGGUCUUUUUACGAAGUGAGACUGAAGUUUGACAUCAUUUGUUACGAUGGGAACAACACAGAGCCCUACACUGCCAGAGAGAUCGCACAUCACUGGAUCAGAGAGGUGUUGCCGGCCAGCAUGUAUUUAAACAGAGUGUCUGUGUUUGAAGUGACCAGAUCCAGUUCAGAGGACAGCCUCGUAAAAACAUCACAUGUAGACAGGCUGGUGCGGUGGACUUCCCCUAAUAUUAACGGGUUUGAAUGUCUGGUUCAUGUAAGUGUUAUUCCCAGCUUGGAUGUCGCAACUGUGCAAAAUGAGAUUUACAUGGACCUUAAGGUGCCCUACCAUCACCCCAAUCGUCUGCUACAGCUGUUCGUUUAUGAAGAAAGCAUACACACCACACCUAUUGAAAGCUUCUCUACUGCCACCACCAGUCCUCCUGAGGUGGUGACAAAGCCCUCUCCAGUCACAACCACCACCUCUACGACUUCAACUACAACUACAACUACAACCACAACAUCACCUUCUACUUUCUCCCCAACCACCACACUUAAAGCCACAACCACCAGCGCCAGCACAAGUACUUCUACUGGUGCAGUCACAGUCACAACCACCACCAGCACCACCACCACCACAAGCCCUACAAAUAUCUCUGAGCUGUAUUUUGAGGUCAAGGUGAAUGUGUCCAUAAGAGGAGUGUGUGACCCAGAACAGAUUCUCUCUACCUGGCUCAACUCGAGUCUGCCCGAUGACAUGAUGAGAGUGCUCGACCUCCAGCUGCUCACAAAAGCUACAAGAUAUCAUCCGCACCCGCAGUCAAACCAAACUGAUGGAGUGUUUGUACACAGAGUUUCAAGAGAGAGCUGCAUUUUCCAGGUUCAGGUCAUGAUGUCGCUGUCAGACACACAGGAAAUGGAAGAGCAGUUACGACACCUACUGCUGAUGCCUUAUUACAACGGCUCCAUCACUAUAGCGACCGAGGACAUUCAAAUAAGCCGCAUAUUGAUAAUAAAGUGCAAUGCAGAAUCCCACCAGACGAGGAAAGGCCUGUUUGAGUGGCCCGCCACCUCAGGAGGGAAAAAUGCAACUUGGCUGUGCCCAAAAAAUCCUCGCCGCUACGCCACCCGACACUGUAAGCUGUGUCUCAGUACCCACUGGAUGGCCCCAGACCUGGAAGCCUGUCCUCUAGUGGUGGAAACCAUCCCAGAUCUGGACCACGUUGAAGUCACUGCUGACAAUGCACUGGACGUGGUGGAGAUGAUUGAGGGUUUACUAAGCAACCAAUCCACACUCAACUACCACGAGCUGGUGACAGUUCUCAACAAGCUGGAGGACAUUGUUGACCUCAGUGUGGUCACACCGAACCUGGGCCAAGCUCUAAUCAACAUCAUCUCUGACAUACUGGAGUCUGACAGCAACCUGCUGCCUUUCACCAACACUAUCCUCAAUAUCACAGAGGCGGUGGGAGACCGGAUGGUGGGCUACGAGGGCUCCUACACCCUGGUUGCUUCUGCCGUUGCUAUCUCAGUGGUGGAUGUAGUUCCUGGACAGUUUAGCAGUUUGACUUUCGGAGUGUCAUCUGACCGCGCAGGCACAAAGCCUGAGAUUUUUAUCAACAGGUAUCCAUUCAACAGCACAGUGGCUUUCAUUUCCCUGCCGUCGGCCCUGCAGCACAGCUUCCCACAAAACAGCCUGAACCAGAGCCCGCCACGAGUCCAGUUUCAGUUCUAUGGCAUACCGAUGCUCUUCAAGAACAGCCAAAAGGGUCAGACCCUCAACACGUUUGUGGUGUCAGCCAGUGUGACCAACGCCUCCUCUCCAAUUAAAGACCUUGAUGAAGACGUCAAAGUCACGCUCCAUCAUCUUAUACCUAAUACACUCUACAAGGACGUACAGUGUGUGUACUGGAACUUCAAUAAAAACAACGGAGACGGAGGCUGGGACGAUUACGGCUGCAGAAAAUACAACAGCAGCUCUGACUACACAACGUGCCUGUGCGAUCACCUCACACACUUCGGAGUUCUUCUGGAUGUCUCUAGGACUCAGGUGGACCCGGCUAAUGAGCAGACCCUGACCAUUAUCACCUAUGUCGGUUGUGGAGUCUCAUCACUGUUCUUGGGAAUCACUGUUCUCACGUACACAGUGUUCGAGAAGCUUCGUCGAGACUACCCCUCUCAGAUCCUCAUCAACCUCUCCCUGGCCCUGCUGGGGUUGAACCUGGUGUUCCUUGUCAACUCCUGGUUGUCCUCCUGGGGUCUGUACGCCCUCUGUGUCGCUGCUGCAUCCACGCUGCACUACUUCCUCCUGGCCUCAUUCACCUGGAUGGGAUUAGAGGCUGUUAACAUGUACUUCGCCCUCGUCAAAGUCUUCAAUGUCUAUGUGCCCUCAUACAUCCUCAAGUUCUGUGCUCUGGGAUGGGGGCUUCCUUUAAUGAUCUGCAUCCUGGUGCUCAUCGUGGACAGAGAUGCCUACGGCAGUCACCUCUACACAGAUGGUCAGCCUAACUUUGAGUCACUAGACAACUCUAAUAACUUCUGUUGGCUACAGGACAAUGUGACAUUCUAUGUGUCUGUGGUUGCCUACGCCGUGCUGGUCUUUCUCUUCAACAUUGGGGUUUUUGUGGUGGUUUUGAUCCAGAUUCGCCACAUGCGAGUCAACAGCCCAGCUGGAACCCGCAGUGGACUAAUGCAUGACCUAAAGGGUGUUGCCAGUCUUACUUUGUUACUUGGACUAACGUGGACUGUUGGCUUCUUUACCUUUGGGCCAGCCAGAGUAGUUCUGCUGUACCUGUUCUCGGGACUCAACUCUCUGCAAGGACUUUUGAUCUUCCUCUUCCACUGUCUGAUGAAGGAGAAUGUCAGGAAACAGUGGAGGAUUCACCUCUGCUUUGGACGUUUUCGACUUGAGGAGUACUCUGAGUGGAGCAACUCAGCCUCAGCAGGAGUUGUGGCUAAACCCAGAUUAAACCCUCUGAGAGCAUCAGUGCCAUCGGUUCACUCCGUCAAGUCCAGCUCCACAGAAAGCACAUCAGCUUCCUCCGACUCCAGCCAGCGAGACUCGUCCUGCAAGAGACCAAACCUGGGCCUUUUUGUGAAUUCCCUGGCUCUCCCUCGAGCCCAGAGAAGCCCCUCAGGUACAAGAGCCGUGCCUUCUCAGAGGGGGAUGAACCAGGCAUCUGGCAGGAGGAACCACUUGCUCGACCAGCAAGAACAAAGAUAAAACACAGAGGACACACAUGCAUAUUUGCAUUUACACGUAGACAUGCAAAUUCCAGAAACGAUAAGCCUGAAAACUCAAACAGCAGCCUUAACAUAGAGCUGUGUAAUCCAUGCAGUGUAGGGAUGAAUUUAACUACAAAGCAUCAUUGUAUUCCAGCUUCAUUAGAUAAUUUUAGAAUACAAUACUACUGUUUUUUUGUUUUUGCUAAAUAUUGUAAAAGAGCCUGUAAUUAUAAAGACAUGAGUGGUUGCAUCAGUUCCAAGGAGGAGUUGGUUGCCAAGCAACUGGUGAGUGGAGCCAUGGUGACAAUGAACCACGGUACCCAGUUUGUAUGAAAAAAGAAUAACAUUUUAAAUUCAAGAUGACACAAGUCUCCCUGUGUUCUUUCUUUACCUAUUUCUCUCUGUGCACUUCAGAUUAAAACAAAUUAUUCUACAAUCACUCUUUAUUACUAAUCACCAAACCGCUGUUUGAAUGUGACUGCCAUCCUGUGUGUCUGUAUUCUGACACCUUCUUUGUGAUGAAAAGGUGAUGGUUGUCCAAAAUUAGUCAUUCUUAUAAUUUAAGCCUCAUCUGUUGCUCAUUUCCUUAAUUCCAUCCACACAUAAGAAGUUUUCAAACUAGUGAAGUCUUGGGUCAAUAUACACUCACUGCCCCACUUUAUUAGAUACACCUGUACAAUCUAUGUCAAGUUCAACCCACCCUUUUUGUUUUUGUUGACUCUGUAAGAAAGGUGAUAAUUCUCCUUCAUAUUUAUCACUGAAGUUGU